CAACCCCAAUUAACUCAUUAGUUAAUCACAGUAUACGUCUAACCGAACCACUAUUUAUGAAUACUAAAUCGGGCAAAAAGAACUUAAACGGACCGGCUCAAAACAAGAUGUUUGACAGUAACCGGGGCGCUGCCGGGUCGAAUAAUUAGUGUAGUAUAAAUAGGCAGGUGGUAAGUGACAAAGGACAGUGCACUUCGUCUGCUCACUGGAAUACCUCGUUAGCAACAUGAACAUGCAUAUUACGGUCUCCUGCCUUUUGGCUUUGGUCGCGGCCGCUUCUGCGAUACCGCCUGCGACGCUGUCCUACGUACCCAUUGCCACUAUAGAUAAAAUUCCGAACCCAAAUUACGGAUUUAAUUAUGCGGUAAACGACCCGUCGACCGGCGACAAUAAGGCGCAGUGGGAGACCCGCAAUGGUGACGUGGUGCGAGGAGCAUACUCUUUGGUGGAACCUGACGGCAACGUCCGAUUAGUAGAGUACACUGCCGACUCUCUGACUGGAUUCAACGCGGUUGUGAAACGUACUGGACCCAACGUACACUCCAUAGGACUACCGGUGGCAGCACCGAUUGCAGCACCGAUCAUUACGAAACCAAUCGCAUCUAUCGGACAUGGACCCAUCGGCCCAAUCGGACCUAUUGCACCACUCCCGAUCGCACCCAUUGCUCCAAUUCACGAGAUCACGCCUGUAGCGGAAGUUCAUCACCAGCCCAUCAUAACUCCAGUGAUCGACACGCCGCCAGUGAUCGCCCCAGUGCCCACGUGGGACAUCCUGCCCAUCUACCCGUUGCCCCCGGCUAGCCCGUGGGUGCAUCUAUCAGGCACUACAUAUGGACACAAGGGUAACAUCGUCCGCCGCUGGGCAGCAGGCCCUAUCUCACUGGACGGUAAGACCCUCACCAUCAGAACCGUCAAGCAUCAUUAGCAUAAGUCAAGUUUCAAUGUAAAUAAUUUCUAUAACUAACUUCUCCGUGUAUAGGUAACCUAUUUAGUUACUCACGGCGCUAGUGUGUUCUUGCAUAUGUUUGUUCGUGCAAAAAUACACAUAGGUCAUGUUAGAAGUUAAGUUUGACUGGUAUAAUCCAAAGCAACGAAGUGUACCUGAAUAAAUAAAUAUGUUUUUUACGAA